UUUUUUAACAGUCUUGCCUUAUUUUUAAAUAAAGUAUUUUUAAAAAAUAUGACUGUUAUCGCAGGAUUGUUUGAAGUCACAGCUACAGAUGUUGUAUUGCUCAUUCUCUUCAUUUAUGUUGUUUAUAAAUUAUUCUUCAAAAAACACCCAGUAAUUGAACCCCCAACACAAGAAAAGGUUUACCAAGUGGAAAAGAGGGAUAUGACUGUUGAGGAACUUAAAGGUUACAAUGGGGUGGAAAAUGAACGGAUUUAUAUGGCUCUGAAUGGGAAUAUUUAUGAUGUUACAAGAGGAAAGGAUUUUUAUGGUCCACAAGGAGCUUAUGGAGCACUCGCCGGUCACGAUGCUACACGCGCCCUGGGUACAAUGAAUAUUAAACUGGUCAAAGACAAAUAUGAUGACCACACAGGAAUGACUGCAGACGAUUUAGAAGAGGCCAAAGAAUGGGAACAACGACUUUCUUUCAAAUAUCCGUUGGUUGGACGUUUAUUGGCACCGGGGGAAGCAACUGGAGAGGCAAUGGAAGUGGAAAAACCUCAAGAAAAAAUUCAAGAAGAACCUCAGGAAUAA